UUAAGUUCGGAACUAAAGUAGUCUCAUCCGCAGGCGAUCGGUGGACUUUUUCUCGCCGAACAACAACAGAGGAAGAAAGCAAAACAGAGUAUAAACCCUACGUAGCUCUUCUUCGUCUUCAUACUAAGAAAAAUGGCUGAUUCAGGCCACGAGACAGAGAUCAGAUGCCAUCACUGCGCAGGCCCUCUUACGAAAAACUUGGAAACCAGUGAAUGGACUGUGUCUCCCUUCAUCAGGGAUAGCUUUUCUAUGAUUGGAUCAGCUGUCGGUGGUACUGCAAGUGCAUUCAUUGGAUUUAACCAUGUUAUGCCAAUUGUACGCAAGUGGAUAAAAGGACCCAUGUGGUUACAUUUUCUUGUUGGGGCACCGCCUGUUAUAGUUGUUUCAUCUGCCUGUGCUGGAGUAGCAGGUGGCACCGUACCAGCACUGGCACAGCUUGCUUCAUCUUCAUACCGAGCAGCAGUCCAUUCGUCUCGACCACCAAAGGCACAAGAGAAUAACAAAAUGCAAAAGUCUACAACGUCUCCUCUGUAAAACAACAUAGCCACAGCUUUCACUUUUGUUUCAUUCUCUUUCUCCAUUUUGUAUGUCAAAAUCUUUGCUUUAAGAAGAAGGGAGGUUCUUGGUGUAGUAAAUACUUCUAUUUUAUAAAACUCAUUAAGUUCCGUGCCAAGGAUCAUUCUUGUCAA